UUUUUUUUUUUUUUUUUUUAACAGCCAACAGAAACUUUGAAAAAAAGUAUACCUGACGUUACAUUAAAAUCUUUUUCUCUUUCUUUUCUUUUAAUAAAUAAAAUUCCUUAAUCGUAUUCGCUAUUGACUAGAAUAAGGCGGUUAUCCUUGAUUUGGUUGAAUUUCAUCUGCAGCAAUAACUUAUUAUUCAAACUCAGGAAUACAGGGCCAUUUGGUGCUUUAUUUUUUUUUUUCCUCACCCUUCCCUCCUUUCAUGGAAUAAAAGAUUCCUUGUAUUAUAAAUGCCUCUUACAAAGCCUCCACCUCCACCUCCAAAACCAACAUUCGAUGAACCAUCAACCCCAACUGAUUUUAAUGAAAAAUUUAAAGUAAAAGAAACAACAAAGUACAUGAAUCCUUGUGCAAUAGAAGAAAAGCAAAGCAUGAAAUGUCUUGAUGAAAAUAAUUAUGAUAAAAGGAAAUGCGAUUAUUUUUUUAUGCAAUAUAAAGAAUGUAAAAAGAAAUGGAUGGAAAGCAGACGUGCACUUCGUAGAUCCGGUCAACUUUAGAGAUAGUAUAUCUUAUUAUUUCCCCAAACCUAAUUUUCUGAAGUAGCUUGAUUACAGUUAUAAGAAUAAAACAAAUUGAAAAUAUUCAACUGAAUGCAAUUUAAUCACUACAGAAUGGCUAUAUAAAUUACUACAAUAUAUAAAUAUCCAAAUAAAAUCAUAAAGUGUUGAAUGUGUUUUUUUUUCGAAAUUAGAAGUUUAUUUUUUUUUUAAUACUUUAUGAGCAAAAAAAAAAAAAUGGAUGAUUAAAUGACUUAAUCAAAGAGAC